AUGGGCAAUGUCUUGUCUGAAAUGAAAUAUGCUAAUUUACAGGUUGAAAUUGAGAAAGUGACGAUGGGUAUAAGGUCAUUCAUAACAACUUCUCUGAUUGCAAGCCUCGGCUUGCUUUCUGUGGCAACAGAUCGCGUCCUACGACAUGGCUCGCCAGAAUCCGUCGGACUGCUCCCCGAGCCUUUGCUGCAGCUACCAGUGAAUCUAAGCCAAUACACUCAUCCGGCGAACUAUGGAUCUCAUUCGUACGGGAAGGUGCACCCUAUCCUCCCAGGAGGCUCUGUAAUGGUUGGACAUAAGUCCACCGUCGUCAGUUCAUUCGCCUUUGGGAAUAUCAGCCUGUAUGCCGACGCCAACGGGACGCUACUGCCCUCCGAUAAAUGGCUCCCCGCGCGCAUGGACACUAUGUAUGAUAUGGCCAGUUUAACAAAGAUCUUCACCGCCGUGGCUGUAUUGCGCGCUAUUGAUGAUGGGAGUUUGGAUUAUCGCAAGCCGGUCGCGACCUACCUCCCCGAAUUCGCCGCUAAUGGGAAGAGCAAUGUAACGAUCCUUAUGCUUCUCACUCACACAAGUGGAUUUCCUGCCGACCCUGAACCAGGACUAUAUGAUCCAAUAUACAAGACUAUGCAACAGAGAGUGGAUGCGAUCAUUACACACAAGCUUGCCAACGCUCCUGGAUCUACCUACACGUACUCCGAUCUCAACUUCAUGAAUCUACGCUAUAUCUUGGAGAGGAUUACAAAGACUCCAUUUGAAGAAUUGGUUUACUCAUUCACCAAGGAACUGGGGAUGACAAGCACGGUUUUCAACAAAGGCAACAUCGGCGCCGACUCCUUCCCUUAUUACUCUCAGAUGGCCCCGACAGAGUAUCAGAUUGAGGUCCUAGGCGAUGCGGAGCCCGAGCGCCCACAACCUGUGCGGGGGACUGUUCAUGACGAGAAUGCCUGGGCCCUCGAUGGUAUCAGUGGCCAUGCAGGUCUCUUUUCUUCAGUUGGUGACGUGUCAAUCCUUUGCCAGAUGAUUCUCAAUAACGGGACGUACAAUGGCAAGCGGAUUCUGUCUCCACGGAGCGUUGAUUUGAUGUUCAUCAACUUCAAUACCAAAUUCCCAGGUGAUGAGCAUAGUAUUGGCUUCGAACUCAAUCAAUUCUAUUUCUCCGGGCCGAUGGCAAAUAUUAGAGCUGGCGGCCAUACUGGAUUCACAGGUACAUCACUUGUGGUCGAUCGAAACUCGGACACAUUCUUCGUCAUAUUGGCACAUAGCGUCCAUCCAAAUAGAACAUGGUCCAGUAACAACAUUGUUCGCGAAACCGUUGGCUACUGGGUUGCUCGAUCACUGGGUCGCGAUGUCACGUUUCCACCCUAA